GGCUUUCACUCUUAUUUUUGAUUAAACGAUGCGGACGUCUAUAUUCUCGGUUUGUUUGCUUAUUUUUCUGAUUACACUAACUGUCUUAUAUGGCUACCAUCACAUCGAGAGGCUGCGUCGUCAUCUUCUUUUCAAAACAACAUCCAACAGAUUUUACGUUAAUACUUCAACCUGUAGCGUACCUUAUGUGAGUCUAUUUAGCUGGGAACUUAUGUCAAUCUGGCGCACACAGCCUGACGAAGAGUGUACACUAGGUGAGGAUCUGGUACGGAGAGUGUACGAUUCUAAGCGCAAGCAAUAUAUAUUGUAUACGAACGACAGCGUGGCGCGUUUAUUAGACACGUCCCCGACUAUUAACAAGUCAACAAAAUUGAUCUACAACUGCAGCUAUCGAAGUAUUAUGCGAGCUGGGGAGGGUCCGAACGCGGAUAAAAGUUACAACCUAAGCGCGGAUAUUCCAUUUUCAAACGGCUACUAUGUGCCGAUCGAUGUAGAGGGCAUGAUUGUUAACUGCACGAGUAGCAGUGGCAAACUGCUGCAAGAAGAUGCCUUUUCCUUUGUACAAUCCAAGCCGCAAAGCUUGCAGCUACCAGUACAUCUACCAUUAAAGUUACCUUUGAAGUCAUCUCCGAAGCCAACCCCUCACCCACCACUGACGUUGUUUCCAUCCAAGCCAACCCGAAAGCUUAACGUCAUAAUGCUGGGCAUUGAUAGUCUCUCGCGCAUUAAUUUCCGUCGUACUAUGCCCGACAUGCUGCAGUAUGUGCAGCGGUCUGGUUGGUUUGAAAUGCAGGGCUACAACAAAAUGGGAGACAACACUUUUCCCAAUCUCUUGGCAGUACUUACGGGUUACAGUCCAGAGACAGCUGAUAUUGAAAUUUGCAAUACCAAAUCGGUGGGUUGCCUUGACAAGCUGCCCUUCAUAUGGCAGCUCUAUAAGAAGGCCGGCUAUAUGACGGCCUAUGGCGAGGAUAUGGGCUACUUAAACACAUUUAUAUACUUGCUAAAAGGAUUUGUAAAUCAGCCUGUGGACCACUAUUUGCGUCCAUUUUACUUGGCUAUUGAGAAAAACUUGCCAAUUGUGAAGCGAUUUUAUCGAUAUAACUGCAUUGGGAGGCGUUUUAAUGUGGAUUAUAUUUAUGAUUAUUGCCAGCAGUGUUUCGAGCAUUACAAGAACAGCACGAAUCCCCUAUUUGGCCUGUUUUGGACCUCCAGCGUUACGCAUGACAUUUUUGAAGCGGCACAAACGCUGGAACCCACAUUACUAGAUUAUAUGGAGCGGUUUGAGAAAAUAGGUCUAUUCGAAGAAUCAAUUGUUAUUUUCUUCAGUGAUCACGGCAUGCGUUAUGGUCCAUUACGUGCACUACCUCAGGGUUUUUUGGAGGAACGGUUGCCAAUACUGUUUAUAUGGCUGCCCGCCUGGUUUCGACAGCAGCAUCCGGAGAUAGUGAAGGCAUUACGUGCGAAUAGAAAUCGCUUGUCAUCUCCCUUCGAUUUGCACAUGACACUUCAACAUAUUCUACAGUUAGGUGAAGGAAAGACAAAUCCGUUGGUUCCGCCGGAGGAUUGCCCCCAUUGUCAAACGCACUUCAAACCACUAGCCGAGAACCGCACAUGUUUGGAUGCGGGAAUACCUGAACAUUAUUGCACCUGUGACCUGUAUGAGACCAUAAGCUCCAAACAAGCGCAGAAGUUGCCCAUAGCUAAGCAAAUCAUCGACCAAAUUAAUACCCAUUUAAGAACCACAUUCAAAAAAUAUGACUGCAAACGUUUGUCACUAAAAACAAUCAAAUAUGCAGAACGUAGAGUAAAGGACAAAACGGGAUCUAAUCAAAUCGUCUAUCGUUUCCACAUUAUUGCUAAUCCUGAAGAAGCCGAAUUUUCGGCCACAGUUCGUUAUAAUAAGAAAAAGAAAAAGAUUGAAAAUUUGCCUAUAGAUUCAAUUAGUCGAUUGGACCUGUAUAAUAACGUUUCCAAAUGUAUAGAUGAUAAAGUUGGCAAGAAGUAUUGUAUCUGUUCGAAAUAG